ACGAUCGCAACGCGCACAAUCUAACAGUAUCACGGAAGACCGACGCUGCUCCGGUGUGACAUUACGAUUCUUCGGUGGUGUUCGGUAUAGUGAGUUUUUCAGUACACAAUACGAUAUCGUGGAGGAAACUCGGUGGAAACUCGUUCGCGUGUGUGCGUUUAAUUUUAAGGGUUGGUAGUGAAUGUUAAAUUGUAUAUAAAAUUCGGCAUUAAUCGACGAUACGCAUUGCGGUAAUCAUUUUAUCGUUAGACCGUAAAACGUGUAAAAUAUUCACGAAAAUUAUUCCUCACAACACAUGUCCGAGUCAACAUGACAAAUUCAUUACGGAAUGCGCCGCGCAAAGUCAAACACAGAAAAAAUGCCUAAUAAUGCGAAUACACCUGACAUCGGCGACUAAAAUGUGGAUCUUAACGUCUUUAGCAUUUUUUUACAUUAUAAUACAAUACCAUGUCAGCAAUACAUGGCCACUACCAAUGCCUACCGGUGAUAUUAAUCAAGAUGACGCAGCUGCGACAAAAUUAUGGUUUAGGAAUCUCAUCGGGGACGCGAAAAUGGCGGAAGCUUUAUAUAGCAUGACUGGCGAUAAAUUCGCCAGAGAUUUGGCUGUUAAAAUUAGUCGUACGUUGGAGCAACACUCUUGUUUUUUCAACCUGAAUGUUACCAAUUUGGAAAGUAACGAGCCGACGAUAUAUAUCGUUACACCGACUUAUAGAAGACCCGAACAAGCCGCCGAGUUGACCAGAUUGGCUCAAACUUUGAUGCAUUUACAAAAUAUAUAUUGGAUUGUUGUCGAAGACGCCAAAGAGAAAUCCGAAGCGGUCGAAAAAUUGCUCAAAAAAUCUGGAAUACGAUUCGUCCAUUUAAUUUCUCCGUAUCCCACGAAUGGAAAAUUUAAAGGCUCAAAAGCGAAAGGAGUUCCUAAUCGUAUUCGCGGAUUAAAAUGGAUUAGGGAGAAUGUAAACGAAGGCGUUCUUUAUUUCGCUGACGAUGACAAUACUUAUGAUAUUGAGCUUUUUAAAGAGAUGCGAAGCACUAAAAAAGUUUCCAUGUGGCCUGUCGGUCUAGUCACUCAAACCGGUGUAAGUUCGCCUAUUGUAAAAGAUGGCCAUUUUCAUGGAUUUUAUGAUGGAUGGAUCGGAGGAAGAAAAUUUCCUGUCGAUAUGGCUGGUUUUGCAGUAAAUAUCAAGUUCCUAAAACAGAGGCCAAAGGCAACAAUGAUAUUUAAAUCAGGUUACGAAGAAGACUCUUUUUUGCAGAGUUUAGCUCCUUUUGAGCCACGUGAAAUCGAAUUCAAAGCGAAUAAUUGCACAAAGAUUCUUGUAUGGCAUACGCAAACCAAGAAACACCCUCCAUCUCAAUCUCCCAAAGAUAAGACAAAAUACGUUGGCACAAAUAUAAUGGAAUUAAUGAAAAACGUUGUGUGAGAGUUUACUUUUUAAAUACGUAUUUAUGUUUAGUUUCGUAUUGUUAUUUCUUUUUUACGAAUUUCCUUCGCGUACCUAAACCUAUACAUGUACUUUCAUCGUUACAUUACAUUCAUCGGAGUUCGUAUUGAAUUACAAAGACGUGAUAGUAAUAGAUAAUUUUUCGCCCACGUUUCGGCAUUAUUCACUAUAAUACUUAUGUAAUGAAACAGCUUAAAGCUGAUAUCAUUGUUUUCAUUUCCGCUUAAUUAAAAAAAAAAAAGUUUGUCGAAGUCGAUAAUUCAACAAUCGAUUCAGCGCGAUGGCUGACAAAAACAAAAAAUUAUACUUAUUACCUAUUCUCGUGAAAGUCAUAUCUGUAAAUGUAAUUUGUAUCAAAUUUUUUAUACUUUUUUUAUCACCUACGUUGUUUUAUUUUUUGUGUAUAUUUAAAACGUACCUACAUAUGUAUUUUUCGGCGAUUUGUAUUUAUUAUCAUUUUUUUUGUGUACAGUUUUUUGUAAAUUUUUUAAUACGAUAAGAUGUACUUAUUUGAUUCGUUUGAAAAGUAUUAAUGUUAUAAUCAUGAGGCGAAUUUUUCACUUUACCAGAUAAGUUAGAUGCACGAAAAUAGUAGUCAUUGUAAUAUUACCAAUUAAGUUUAAGAUUUCUUGCUUUACCAAUUCGUUUCUCGGAAACGUUAAAAUUUAUUAGUUUUGUACGUUAUUCAGAUUAUUCUAUCGAGUCAAAUUUACAUUUUUUUUAAAAUCUAAAAUAAGGUUGUGUACUUUCAUGUCGAAGAAAUAGCUGUGCUUAUUCAAAGAAAUGUUUUUAGAUCGUUUAUUGAUGAAUUCAAGUUCUAGUUCUCAUAAAUAGGUACUUAUUUAUUUAAUUCUUUGUCAUUUCGUGAAUUGAUUUUAUGUUUGUGGUGAGCAUUAUGAUUACAGGGAUGUCUAGCUAGCCAAUAGCCAUUAGCCAUUAGCCGUUAGCUUAUUGAAUUUUUGACGUUUAGCCAUUAGCCAUUAGCCAGCCAAUCAACAAAAUUUUUAGCCAUUAGCCAGCUUUAGCCAAUUGAUUUUGGCUAAAAAUGAUUGGCUAAAAUUGAAAAUAAAUAGGUGAGUAAAUGGGUUUCCUGUGAGUAAAAGAAAUAAAAAUAAAAAUUUUUAAAUUCGUAAUAAAAAAAUCAAAAAUAAAAGACCAAAAAAGUAGUUUGACAUUGGCGGAUCCGAGGUUCUUUUUUUAAAUUUUUUUUCAACGAUCGUUGUUUUUCUAAUUUCUAGAAAAUAAAUGAGAAAUCAGUUUAUGACUAUAAUCAAAUAAUGCCUGAAUGCGAAUAAUUGUGAUUCACAUUUGUGAAAUAAUAAUUAUUUCCUAAAACUAGAAAUAAUAUCUAUAAUGGGAAUGUGCUCAUUUAGAGGAGUGUUUAGAGGGGUCACUCGAUUUUUGAAAAAUUAGCCAGCUAAUAGCCAGCCAAUAGCCAGCCAAUGAAGAGACAUUAGCCAAUAGCCGUUAGCUUAGCCAAAGCUCUAAAUUUUUCUAGCUUUAGCCGUUAGCUUUAGCCAAUCCCAUUGGCUAGACAUCCCUGAGUAUGAAAGUCGUUUUGAAAAGAUACCUACUUACCUAGAUUCGAAUGAUGCGUUACAUUUUGUUAUUUUGUUAUAUUUGUUUUUUGUUAUUAGAUGUGUAGAAGAUACUUCAAAAAUUUCUCUCAUCAAAUUCUAAUCAUUCGGCUCCUACUAUAAGAGCUUUGUAUACCUAUUUUUGGAAUAUUUUCUCGUAAAUAGGUAGUUCUUUUUUUUUUGAACUACUGACUCAUUGCAGAAAGUAAUCUUAUCUAUCCACUCAAAAAAUUUGAAUUUUUUUCUAUCAAAUGAAAUUUUUGCAAUAAUCACCCAAUUAUUUACCACCGUAUUCGUAUAAACUGUAAUAUAAUCUCGGAUAAAUUAUAAAUAAUUUGUAAAAUUUCGUGCCAUGAAUACGUUGUAUGAAUAAGUGCUUGUUUUUUAAAUACCUACUUUUUAUUUCUUUUUGAAUAUGUAUUAGGAUAAGCUUACAAAUGAUUCUCAAUUUUAUCCUAGUAUUAAGACUUUUUUCUUGUGAUUUGAAUAUUUCCAAAGUUUGUAAGUUCGAAGCCUAUUGAAUUGUUUAUUUAAUAAUUUAUUUCGAAGUGAUCAUGUAGCUUUCAUUUUAAAUAUACUAUAUCUAUUUGAAAAAUUUAUUUUUUUAGAAAGUACCUAGACUACAAAUUAGGAACGUAUCUAGUAGCAUAUUGAAUCAUUUGAAAAAUUACGAACGAAUUGAAUAGGUAUCUGGAUAUAAAUUUUUUAUUUCAAAGAAAAAUAUUAUUUGAGUAAAAAACAACAAUUGUAACAAAUAAAAAUGAAAAAAUUACGUGAUAAAUAGAUAAAUUCCAGUUGAAGACACGAAUGCUGUUAGUUUUUGAAUUAUUUAUUAAAAAAAUGAAAAACGAACGUUUUAUUUUACAUAGUAAGAAAUGAAUAGAAAAUGCAAAAUACCAUGCCUUAAGCCGAUAGGGUUCGAUUAUUGCCACGUAAUGCUGGAGCGAUGAACCGAUCUACUGUGAAAAUUCGAUCUGUCGCAGAACAAGGAGCUGUCGAAGAGAAAUGAUUCAUUUGAUCCAUUUUUGGUGUCUGUGCAGGUUCAUCGUUUGUAAUUUCAACCGGUGUAUCGGUCACAUUCUUGCUAUUUUGGGGUAGCAUUUCAACAUCGCCGUUGUUCACAGGCUCUGUGGUACUUUUACAAACCUGGAUAAAAAUUUGAACUUUGAGUUUGUCCGAACAUAUCGCAAUAGAUGAAUUUUAAAAAUAAUAAUGUAGGUAAUAUGUACCAAUGUAGAUGAAGGAUGGACCGAGAAUAAAUCAACCGGCACGUGCGGAGAACAUAUUCUGGAUCUCUCUGCCUCCAUUAAUGAUACCGGAGUUGCAUAAGGCGCAUAUGGAUGGUGUCCAAAAUUAUAUAAACUAUUGUUUCCGGACACUCCUGUCAUUUCCAUAACACCUAUUUGAGAUGUUCGCACGUGAUAUGGAAAAUUCUUAUUCGCUUUGCUGGGUACAGUGAGCAA